AUGCAAACACGUUUCAGAACAUCUAGUUGUCGCAUACUCCGCUUAUUUGAGAGCAGCUCUGGUGUCACGUCGAACCACGAAGGCAACCCUUCAAUUUGUCACAAGGGAAUAGAGCAAUGUUGCAUCAUGUGGUUCGCUUUUCUCCCUGAAAAAGUGGGACCAGAUGUCGCUGUGGAAGCUAUGAUGUCAAACACUGGCCAUGUGUUCUACGGGGAUCUCAGAAGCCAUGAGAGGGCUGGGAAUGCUUGGGGAGCCAGCUUGUUCAAGGGAGACGUGUUCGAACAGCUCAGAGAACUUGGAGCAAGUCUAUUUGGCACAGGCAAGCUCACAUUUUAUGAGCCUAUAUUUCUGAGAGGAAAAUCAUUUUCGUCAAUAAACUUUUGGAUGAAUAAGGGUCACUUGAGAUCAAGUACUCAUUACGAUCCCCACCAUAACCUUCUCUGUGUGGUAUCUGGUUGCAAAAAAGUUACUUUGUGGCCUCCAUCUGCAUCCCCAUUCUUAUACCCGUUGCCUGUGUAUGGUGAGGCCUCCAACCACAGCUCUGUUAGCAUGGAGGAGCCAGAUUAUUCAUAUACAAGGGCAAGAUACAUGAAGGAAUAUUCUGAAACAGUCAUUCUAAACUGCGGCGAUGUUGUUUUCAUACCAGAAGGAUGGUGUCACCAAGUUGACAGUGACGACUUAACCAUAGCAGUUAACUUUUGGUGGAAGUCCAGAAUAAUGACUCAAAUGUUAGAACAUAUGGAUGCCUACUAUCUACGCCGAAUCCUGAGCAGAUUGGUGGACCAGGAGAUGAGCAUAGUUGUGCAGAAGAGUCCUUUUGGUCAUUCGAAAGAUCGCACCGAUAUUCAGCGCAUGGCCAAAACAUUGACAGGUUUCCAGCUAUUCAGUUUGCAAAAAGAUUCACCAUUGCAAACUCUGGAACCCUCCACUCUUCAAGCACUUUAUGAACUGAUCUCACUGGUCCAUGAUAGUGCUGAAGUGGUUAGCCAAAAUGACAAAACAGAAGCUACAUCCCAGAAUAAAUCUUCCAACCAAAGAGACGAAACAGAGACGAGUGCUGCUGCAGAUGAUUCAUCCCUCUUGGACAAAGAUCCUGUUGCAAAAAUCAUUUUACCAGUUGAACCACUUGAAUUGCGGAGUAUGCUGCUUGCAAUGGUGCAUACUUUCCCAAGGACGUUAGAAAGUUUAGUUCUCAACAUGCUUGGGCCAGUAGGAGCAGAGAUACUGACUAGGAAGUUUGAUGAGAUGGAUCAACAAACAACAAAAGAAGAACAGGUUGAGUUCUACAAGAAAUUUUAUAGCGUGUUUGACGACCAGUAUGCCGCAAUGGAUGUGAUUCUCAACGGGAAGGAAUUGUUUUCUUUUCAGAUAUUCCAUAAUGUCCUAGACAAGUAUCUCAGGGUGCAUGUUGACCGACCCAGCUAA